AUGGGUUCCGGUUAUGUAGUAUGGAGUCUGGCCUUUUGCUGCACCUUAGCCAUUGCAUGGGCUGGUAGCAGUCAUGAUGAACUCGCCUUGGAUUUGUCUUAUGACUAUAAGGAUGCACUCGGCAAAGCAAUCUUGUUCUUCGAAGGACAACGUUCGGGGAAGUUACCGGCCAGCCAGAGAGUCAAGUGGAGGGGGGACUCUGCACUCACCGACGGAAAACCAGAUAACGUUAAUCUGGUGGGAGGUUACUAUGAUGCUGGGGACAAUGUGAAGUUCCUAUGGCCUAUGGCGUUUUCCCUAACUCUGUUAAGUUGGGCAGCUGUUGAGUACCGGAACGAAAUCUCUUCCGCCGACGAACUUAACAACCUCCGCACCGCAAUCCGUUGGGGCACGGAUUUCAUUUUGCGAGCCCAUACUUCACCCACCACACUUUAUACUCAGGUGGGGGUGGAAAAGCUGAUCACCAAUGUUGGGAGCGUCCGGAAGAAAUGGACACCCCUCGAACACUCUAUAAAAUAACUUCUGAUUCCCCAGGCUCCGAAGUAGCUGCCGAUGCCGCCACCGCCCUUUCCGCUGAUUCAUUA